AUGAAAGCUGGUGGGAUCGGAUUGGCAGGACGGGUUGGAUAUUGUUCUUCUGCGAAAAUGUUACGAAGGUCGAUUCGGCGAUUUGCUCUGUCUAUAUCGUUGUUAACGGUGAUUUACACAACCGCAGUCCUCAUUAUGGACUAUCAGGCAAGCUUUUUUUCUCGAAUGGUUCCUGAAUUAUUUAGUUGA